CUGACCGAUCAACGAUUCUGAUGAGAAGGGAUAAGAGAUGAGGAGGACUCGAGUAUCACCUCACCAAUCACCAACCUGUGAGAAUAUAAACAGUACUCAAAGCCAAGACAAGACGUUGCCCAUUGCGCAUUCGUUGUAGUACAUUGCACAUCCCCGAAGCAUAGGAUUACUCUCUCUCAGGCAGCUUGUAAUCUCGUGCACUCCCUCUUGAUGAGACCACUUGGGAAAUUCACCACUCUAUAAGUGAACCGUCUGAUGAAGCCAUUAAAAAGAAUCAGAGUCCCAUGAUUUGGUUCUGUGCCGACGUUUGAGCUGCUGUGCACUUUUGUUUCAUCUUCCAUUGUCUUCUCUCUUCCAUUUUGAAAAAAUACUGAGCCUUGCAAACAGAAAUAGUUGAAUCUUCCUUCCUUGAAGGAAAUGGUUAAUUUAGGAGACCUGAACAAUGACAUUCCCUUUGAUGUGCUGUCUCGGCUGCCAACAAAGUAUAUGCCGAAAUUAAAGUGUGUUUCUAAAGGGUGGAACCGCCUUAUAUCUGACCCCACUUUCAUGAAGGUUCAAUCCCAAAAGAGAGAACAACUAUCAGGCUUCUUCUUCCAACAGAAGUACCAAUGGUGCUAUGAUGACAUAACUACCAUCAGCUACAUUCCUGUUGAAAAGCAAGAUGCUGAACUCCAUAAGACAGUAUUUAACUUCCUUCCUGAACAUGUUGUGGUGCUGGCUUCAUGCAACGGUCUGUUGUGCUGCCGCAGCUGCUUCCCCUUUCAUGACUCUUGCCUAUACAUCUGCAACCCCUUGAGCAAUGAAUGGUUAAGGCUAAAAUGGGAUGAACCUAACAAAGAAAACAGCUUUGCUUUGGCAUUUGACCCAUGUCAAGAUCCUAUAGCCACACCAACCAAUUUCAAAUUGAUCAGAGUGAAGCAAUUUGAAACUGACAAAGAGGCCUUAUGCUUUUCAUUUGAAAUAUACUCUUCGGAUAAAGGGGCCUGGAGGAAAUCAGAGGAAAUCUGCAAGUGCAAUAACAAUCUGUACAAGAACAGAGGCAUUUUUACGGAAGGGGUUUUGCACUGGUUGACUGAUGGUGACGAAGUGCUGACCUUCAAUGUGGAGAAUGAACUAUCAUGGUUGGUAUCUGUUCCAAUUCCAGCUAAUGAGUUCAGAAGCAUCCCAGAAUCAUGUAUUGGCGAUUCUGAUGGCCGGCUGCAUUACAUCCUGGUCUCUGAAUAUGGAUUGCAAGUGUGGUUUCUUGAAGAUUACUUUGAAUCCAGGUGGUCCCUGAAGCUUUGCAAAACUCUGGAGGAAAUGGAAGAAGAACAUUCACAGUUCCUUUAUAAUUUGCGUGAGAGAGUAACACAACGGUUGGCAGUUGACAUGGAACCAUGGAUUGAUCCCUUGGCAUUCAAAGAUGGGCCGCUAUUCUGUUUCACCAUCGCAACUUUCCACGCCCAUUUCUCAAUCCUAGAAGAAAACCUUUGCUCCAAAUUCUUAACUUCAUGCACCCAAACCUCAAGCUUGCUUCAUGGAAAAGCAAUCCAUGCAAAAUUCAUCAAAGGCUCGAUCCCGCAUUCUCUUUAUCUCCAAAACCAUAUCCUCAACAUGUACGUAAAGUGCGGAGACCUCAUCAACGGCCACAAACUGUUCGAUGAAAUGCCUGAACGCAACGUGGUGUCAUGGUCAGCCAUGGUUUCCGGCUUUACCCAGCAUAGGUUUUACAACGAAGCUCUCUCCUUGUUUGUUUACAUGCUGAGGGAUGGAACUUCAAGGCCUAACGAGUUCACUUUUGUUAGUGUUCUUCAAGCUUGUUCUUUGCAUGAAAGUUUAGCUUUAGCUUACCAAGUUUACGCUGUCGUUUUACGCUUGGGGUUUGGGUCGAACGUGUUUUUAGUCAAUGCUUUUCUGACAGCUUUGAUGAGACAUGGGGAAAAAGAGGAAGCUUUUGAGGUUUUCGAGAAGUGUUUGAAUAAAGAUAUCGUGACUUGGAAUGUUAUGUUAAGUGGUUACUUGGAAAGUUCUUGUUUGGAAUUGCCUAAGUUUUGGGUUCAAAUGAACAAUGAAGGAGUUAAACCUGAUUGCUUUACUUUUGCAAGUGUUUUAACUGGCUUGGCUUCUCUUGGUGAAUUAAACAUGGGUUUACAAGCGCAUGGUCAAAUCGUUAAGUCUGGUCAUGGUGGUGAAAUUUGUGUUGGGAACUCUUUGGUUGAUAUGUAUAUAAAGAGUCAAAGACUUUUUGAUGGAUUGAAAGAGAAAGAAGAGAUGGCAGUUCAAAAGAAGCAAGCGGAGGUGCGACCAGUGGGAACUCUUGUUCAAUUCUAA